AUGGCGACAGUUGCAGUAGAUAGCAGCCAAGAACCAGCGCCAGAGUGCAGCACUGCAUUCGCUCCAACCGAUAAUGACUUCAGCCAACAACAUUAUUUAAUCCCUGGCUACAAUCUAAUAUUCAUCAAAGAAGAAGAUUCCCAAGAUGAAGAAGACAUUUCAAAAGAAGUUGACUUUGGCGCAGUGAAGAGUGAAGCAGAGAUGUGGCCUUCUAUCAGCGGCACUGCCAAUGCAACAGAAGUUGGUGGACUGGAUGCACAUUCAAUCUCUCCAGUGGAAAAGUGCACUGAGCCAACUGUAGCUGGCAAAGAGACCAAGCUCUACAGCUGUGCUGACUGCAGCUAUAAAAGUCCAUGGAUUUCUGCUUUGAAAACACACAUUAGAACACACACUGGGGAAACACCAUUCAGUUGCAACUUCUGUGACUACAAAUGUGCUAUUUCAGCCAAUUUGAAGAGGCACAUCAGAACACACACUGGUGAAAAAACAUUUAGUUGCGAAUUUUGUGACUACAAAUGUUCUAAUUCAAGUGAUUUGAACAGACAUAUCAGAACACACACUGGUGAAAAACCAUUUAGUUGCGAAUUUUGUGACUACAAAUGUGCUAAUUCAGCCAAUUUGAAAGAUCAUAUCAGAACACAUACAGGUGUAACACCAUUCAGUUGCGAAUUUUGUGACUACAAAU